CUAAACUUCUCAGAUUAUUUCACCAAUCAAACCAAUCAUCAUGAUGUCACCAGCUGAUGCCCUGAUGCAGUCCUUGGUCACGGAGUUUGAGUGCCCUGUAUGUACCCAACACAUGCACCCACCAAUCAGACAAUGCAUGGUCGGCCAUAGUUUCUGCAACGAGUGUUACAAAAAACUAAAAACCUGCCCAACAUGCCGUCAGGUCCUAAGUUUCUCAUCGAGGUCCUUUGUGUUGGAGAAACUCCACGCCAAGUUGGAGUUCCCCUGCAAGUAUCAAGAAUAUGGAUGUAUGGAGCGUUAUGGCGGAGACCACAUCGAAUCCCAUGAGUUCCAAUGCCGCUAUGGAGGUAACAGCUGCCCAUUGAAGAUCAUCAACGAUUGUGGAUGGCAUGGACGUGGAAAGGACAUCGUUGGACAUUGUAUCAAGCACCAUCCGAAUAAUAUCUUCUGUAGUAACAUUCAACGUCUGACUUGUUCCAAUUUUGUGAGGGAUGGGCAAACAUCCACUGCGAGUUACUACAUGGUGUUCUUUGCCUUCCGGGAGGUUUUCAAAUGUGUCUGGGAAGUGAAUUUCAUCACUGGUUUCAUGCGUUGGUGUGUGUUUCGUGUUCUAACUGAAGAAGUCAAUAAUGGUGAAGUGUAUGAUUUCAUCAUUGAUGUGCAGAACCAGCAUGAGCCAGGACAUAAACUUGCCAUGAAGAGUGUCUGUCCGGAUUUGGAACAAGGGCAAGAAGAAGAAUUCAAUAAUCAUCAAUUUGUUUUUACUCAUUAUGACAUGGUUAAGUCUUUUUGUAAGGAUAAUGAUUUGACUUAUACUAUUAAGAUUGUUCAACGUAUUGCCGACUUUGCUAUUUCUGCUGAUUGAGUUUUUACAAAAUAAAUUUAAUUUUAUGGAUAAA